GUGUAUUUUAGCGAAGCCGGAAGUGGGCAAGGGUGAAUCCUCUCAGUUCCUCUGGCUACUUUUGGCCGUCUGUAACAACAGCAGCAUCAGACAAGAGAUAACCUAAUGAUGGAAGAAUUUGAAGACGGUGAAGCUCCUCCUGCUGAGGAUCUGGCUCAAUGCAAUACCUGUAAAAGAUGGUUCUUCCCUAAAGUCCUGGAGAAGCAUGCGAAAAUCUGCCAAAAGUCAACGACCAAAAGGAGGAAGAUUUUUGACUCCAGUAGACAGAGAGCUGAGGGCACAGACAUCCCCACGCUCAAACCAAUCAAACCAAAGUCACAAAGUUCAUCUUCUACUGAGAAAGCAGAACCCCCCAAGAAGCCAUCCAACUGGCGCAAGAAACAUGAGGACUUCAUUGCUACCAUCCGGGCUGCCAAGGUCCUCACUCAAGUCAUGAAGGAUGGGGGACCAUUACCCCCACCUCCGCCUCCUACUUAUGACCCAGACUAUGUGCAGUGCCCUUUCUGUCAGCGGAGGUUCAACGAGAGUGCAGCUGACAGACACAUCAAGUUCUGCCAGGAGAAGGCCGCCCGUAUGCCCACCAAGACCAAGAUAGGAGAUGCUAAGAAGCCUCCUGGUCGCACAGAGGUACAGCUCAAGCCUCCUGCUUCUGUAAAGAAGGCCAACUCUCCUGCUGUGUCAACGAUCCCUUCGGCCUCCUCUCGUUUACCCCAGAGAUCAGGCCUUGGACAGCCUAGUGGAAUCCCAUCUAGUAAGGUCUCCUCUGCAGGUUCCUUGAGGAGUAAUCCUUCCGGCCUUACAAGCCCUCCAUCAGGUGUGGGAAGUAAGACCCGAACAGUGAGCUCUGGCCUUGGCUCUGUGAGGAACACUCAGUCUGGAAUAGCAGUCAACAAGAAGAAAGUAGACACCUGCAUAUCUAGGAAUAAUGGUGAUGGCGGUAACGAAGUUGGCAACGGUGGGAUGAAGAGCAAGUUCUGUCAUGCUUGUGGGACCAAGUACCCUGUUGAAUCCGCAAAGUUCUGCUGCGAGUGUGGGGUCAGGAGGAUGUGUAUCUGAUUGAGGUCAAAAGGAGGAGAAACUAGAAGAACAUAGGGAUGCACCAGUACUCAAACUAGCAUCAGAGAAUUUCACCAAAGCUAAUGAGAAUUUAAAAAAUCAGAUCUGUCUGUAUUUUCACACUUCUAAUUUCAGGGCAGUAAAGUGGUGUAAUUGGCAGACAAACCUAUGGUGCUGUGUUUUCUUUUCUAAAUGCUGUUUAGUCUUCAUGGAAUUUGCUGGUCCACUCCACUCUAUGGACAUAGAUACCCCUACCCUUGUACAAUAGCUGUGUAAAAUUUCUGAGUAGUACGUUGCCAUUUUCAAAACACUAAUAUAACAACCAUAAUCUAUAAUAAAAUUUGCAUUUAGUAACUAUGAUUUAUUUUGACUGGAGGCUGAUGGCUCUCAGUGGUGAACUGAUCUGGUAUAAAGUUAUGUUGAACUGUGUUAAGGUUCAUGAUAUCAGUAGCUGAUAUGGUUGACACAGGAACAACCCACGCAGCUCAUUACUUUUAAUUAGCUUCCUUCUUACCGCUGGAUUUGCCCACAACAGCUCAUACACAUUAACAUUAUUGCUGUGUAACUAGAGGUCAUAGAGGGAUUAAAGAUAGGGUAGGUAAUGUAUUUCUGAAGCAUUUUUGUUAUAUUUGUUGAAAUUCUCUUUACAUCCUGACAGCAAUCAAUAAAUCAAAUGCUCUGGGGGGGGAAAUCUGGUAUCUGUGGCUGUCGCAGGCCUGUUAUAAGCCCAGCCAAUCAUUUUAUUUGGGCCAAAUGAAAUGUUAAGAUAAUUCUGAGUCUGUAUUAUGACAAAAACUUAAUUUUAUUGUCACGGGACAAUAAUUAAGAGUCUAGUACCCUGUAGAACAGAGUCCAUAUCAGCUAUUGGUGCAUCCUUCAGAAGAGAGUGGAGAUGAGAAAGAGAUAAAAGCUAAGAGGUGGGUUGUGAAAUGUGAAAAUGGAGGAGGGUGUGAUUGUCCCUGCAACUCAAUCCCAAGUCGACCAUGACCUGUAAUGCAUUCCUUAAUCCCAUUUGCCUCAUCUUCCCCACAAACAGAUUAUUGAAGUGCAAUAUGAUUGACUACUGAUGAAAACAGUGUGUUUUUUAAAGGAAAUGAAUUUUGGAAUGAUACCACCUUGUUUUGACAGGGAUCAGUUCAAAAAUGAAAUAGCGGUAAAGGUCAGUGCUCCCUUUUAAGGUCACUUUAGAGGCAAAGUUUGUUUCCAGCUAUCUUAAUGUUACCAUCAUAGGCCUGAUGUUUCUAGACAAAUGUAGCAUUUACUCAAACCCCUUUAUUCCCUCUUAUUUUAUACAAUGUAAUGAGUUAUUUAUUUUCUUAUUCCCUUUCAUUUUUGCUAAUGAAUAUGACUGCAUCUUUUUUAAUGCUCUACAGAAUUAAAAUGUUUUUAAUUUGGAUUUGUAUGAAACCUAAAUGCACCUGGAUGUGUUGGUUGCUUUUCCCUUGACAGUGUUUCUAUUGAGUCAGUAUUGCAUUAAGGUAUUUUGAGUCAAUAGGAGGGUAACACUACAGUCAUCUAAGGAUGAUAAUCUUUGAGUUCCUUGAGAAGUAAGGCAUUUGUUCCAAGUUCCAAGAAGCCAACUAUAUUUACGUUACAUGACAAGAAAUGUUGAAACAAACUGGAUAGGUGUGUUUUCCUGUACUGAUUACAACAGUUGUUAGCCUGCAAACAGUUGUGCACUUAAUGCCAUGUGUAUGCACCGUCAAUAAAUUUCUAUGAAGACA